AUGGUUGCGUUUAUAAAUUUAACUAGAAGAGGUUAUAAAUUUGAAGAUUUUGCUUUGAGUUUUGGUACUUACGAAUCAUUACCAAAUAUUGAUAAAUAUUUAAACAUUUCAAGUUCAAUUUAUUUUGUUGAUUUGAUUCUUAUGCAAUUGUUUAAUUUAUUAGCUUUAAGAACAAGACAUCCAAGUUUAUUUCAACAUUCAAUAAUAAAGAAUAAGAAAUAUAUUUUGGUUAUUCCAUUUGUUUUGUUGGUUAAUUUUAUUAUUAAUUAUAUUCCACAAAUUCAAAAUGCUAUGCGUACUGAACAAAUACCAGUUGAAUAUAUUUCAUAG